AUAACAUAACCUCAUCUUGUGUAUGCAAAUGAGUUAAUUGAAACAAAUUAAAAUAUCCAAACCAAAUGUUGUGUGAAAUUGAAUGCUAAUCCUCACAGUAGUAGUUAAGCUCAAUGAAUGCUUAGGGUAAUUUAUAUCUUAAAAGAUAUCCAACUCGUGUAUCUAGACAUAGGAGCAUGUCAAACCAUGAUAUUCAACAACAUUUCAACAAUAUUCUUCCUUUUAAACAUGAAUUAGCUUAAUUGUCUGCUUUGUUAUAUGCUAGUACUAAUUAGAGAUGGCUGUUUUCAAAAAAACCUAUUGAGUGCUUUUAAAUUUUGUUAGACUAGGCCAUUCAUCAGAAUUCAUUUUAUGAAAAUUUUAACUAAAUAUUCCAUGUGUUGUUAAUGUAUACAAUAACAAAAAAUAAUUGGGAAAUAUUUAAGUCUAAUGGGCUACAGCAGGUGUGUGCAAUCAAACUGAACGGUGGCUGUCAUAAAGUUUUAAAAUAAGUAUACAGGAUGUCACGUAGUAUCAAGGAGAAAUAUGAGAACACCAAUCCUCGGCGAAACCACACAGUUAUGUCUCCUGAAGAUGCUGCUGCCGGGAAGAGGACCAACUGGUCGGAGUUGGAGAUAACAGGAUCUAUUCGCAAUCUAAGCCCCAAGCUAUGGCACCUAACAAAUCUGACGUGCCUGUACCUGAAUGAUAACAACUUGGUCCGUGUGCCAGCUGAAAUCCAACAAUUGGGGUUGUUACGCAUGCUGGACCUGUCCUGUAACAAACUUCGCAGUCUUCCUGCGGAACUUGGCGAACUAAUUUAUCUCAGGGAACUGCUGUUAAAUCACAAUCAUAUUCGGACACUGCCAUAUGAAUUGGGAAAACUCUUUCAGCUUCAAAUUUUGGGAUUGGCCGGAAACCCUCUCAGUAAAGAAUGUCUCAAGCUGUACAGUGAAGCCAACGGUACCCAGAAACUGCUCACUUACCUUCUGGACAGCUUACAAGUGAGAUCUCCACAACCACCGGAGAGACCAUGGAUCCCGCUGGCUAGGCCGAAUACGACGAAACCUACAUGUCUCAUGACAGUGAUGUGCUACAAUGUGUUGUGCGACAAGUACGCUACCCGUCAGAUGUACGGCUACUGUCCAUCCUGGGCGCUCACCUGGGAGUAUCGUAAGAAGGCAAUCCUUGCAGAGAUCAGGCACUACACCGCCGACAUUAUCAGCUUGCAGGAGGUGGAGACUGACCAAUUUUACAAGUUCUUCCUGCCAGAACUGAAGCGUGAUGGCUAUGACGGAAUAUUCUCACCUAAGUCGAGAGCUAAGACCAUGUCAGAGAACGAGCGGAAGUAUGUAGAUGGCUGUGCUAUAUUCUACAGAACUGCCAAGUUCUCACUCAUCAAGGAGCACCUGGUGGAAUUCAAUCAGCUGGCGAUGGCCAACUCUGAAGGUUCUGAUGACAUGCUCAACCGUGUCAUGCCCAAGGAUAACAUUGGGCUUGCAGCGUUGCUCAAAACCAAGGAGGCAGCUUGGGACAACGGUCUGCCGCCGGAUGUCCACCAGGUUCACCAACCACUCCUGGUCUGCACAGCUCACAUUCACUGGGAUCCGGAGUUCUGUGAUGUCAAGUUGAUCCAGGUGAUGAUGUUGUCCCACGCACUCCGUGGUAUACUUGAAGAGUCCAGCCUUCAUUUCCGCCCCAACUCCAACAAUACUCCAGUUCAGCUUCUGCUCUGCGGCGACUUCAACUCUCUCCCAGACUCUGGGGUUAUUGAAUUUUUAUCAUCUGGCCGUGUGUCAUCUGACCAUCAAGAGUUCAAGGACCUGCCAUACAAAUCUGUACUUCAGAAGAUCUCAGGCAGUGAAAAGCCUAAUGAGUUCACACAUUCCUUCAAACUGUCAUCAGCGUACAGUGAAGACAUUAUGCCUUACACAAACUACACGUUCCACUUCAAAGGUAUCAUUGAUUACAUAUUUUAUUCAAAACAGUACAUGACACCACUAGGACUACUGGGGCCCCUUGCUCCUGAAUGGCUGAAAGAAAACAAGGUGAUAGGCUGUCCACACCCGCACAUACCUUCCGAUCACUUCCCUCUGCUGGUGGAGCUGGAAAUGACGCCAAGUGUGAUGGGCCAGAGCAAUGGGCUGAUCCGAAGGUAGCACCAGGCAGCUCCCGUCUCUAGUCCACACCGAGGUGUUCUCCCCAUCUGUGCCUAAUCAGUACAAACCACUCACUUUUUGUAAGAUUUAAACGAUAUUUUAUACAAAGAUUAUUGCAUUUGUAUUUUUGCCUAGUGUAAAUAAUUCCAAUCGAUCAUAAAAAAAUAAAACAAUAAUCAGUCUGUGUUAUGGGAAAUGUUUCAAUAAAAUCUAAAGGAAUGAUCAGAGGUGUCAGGAGGGGUGUACUGCAGAUGUAGUUGUCAGUUUUUUUGGGAAAUAGAAUAGUGGUAUGUUCAUGUAUACUAAACUAAUAUAUGAAGCUAUUGUAAAGUCCAAGGUAUUGUAAGUAGCUAUUUUAUGUAAUCAUUUUCUUUUUUAAUUUUUCAAUUAAGACAUAUACAUUCUUUAUUUUAAAUUCAACCUUCGUUUAGAAUCAAGUUUCUAUAAAUUUGUAUUAUAAUCAUGAAUUGUAUAUCAAUUUCUUCUGUAAUUUAGUGUGACAAAUAUGUAAAUUGUUCAUAUUUACAAUGAGGUUUAAAAAAAAUUCAAGUGACAAUUUUUACUUUUCUUAUAUAAUUAGUACAAUUAUUUAGAAUUCAGGAAUUUAUAUAAAGAAUUGUUAUUUUUGUUUGUUUUAACUUUAUUGCAAAGUAUAAAUUGCAGUUAUUUGUUAUGUUUCCAAAAUUUUUUUUUUUUUUGCAAUCAGAUAGAGAAAUCUUUAUGUAGUAACUUCUUAUAAAAAACUGACAAAUAACUACUGUACGUUGAACAUGUAGCACAAAGUUUUAUGGUGAUCUAGCAUAAUUUUUCAUGAUCUGGAAAAUUAGUGAAAAUGGUAAUAACAAACCAAAUGUUUAAUUCAAUAAAGAUUGUACCAGUAAGAAAUAGAAAUUGUAUGAUUAAAAAGCAAAGUAUUUUUUUGGAUAAACGUUCUUUUAUGGAUCAUUUAUGUGUAUUUUUGAUACUAUUGAUAAAUUCUGUUAAGAAUUUGUCAAAAAUUAAAUUACAUACAGUUUGAACAAAAACUUAAAGUACAAGCUUUAUAAAUAUAUAUAUAUAUAUAUAUAUAUAUAUAUAUAUAUAUAUAUAUAUAUAUAAAUAUAUAUAUAUAUAUAAAACUUGUCUAAAUCAUAUUCAUUUGUUAUUUAAGUUGGAAAGUACAGAAUUUUUAUUUUAAUUGAUACCAGUGAAUUAAAAUGAUGACAAUUUCUUUAAUUUAAGUAUUUCUCUUUUAUUUUCAUGAAAGAAAGCUUUGCCUCUUCUUAACCAAGUUUACUUUUCAAUUGACUAGUACUGUAAUAGUUUAAAGUCUAAACUGUUCACAUUAUGAUUAUGUUGUGGCACACAGUAUCAAGUGGAUUGUAUUUUUCCACAGGGGAUGUAUCUGUCCCACCUUGGUAUGAAGAAGCCACUGAGAAGUCGUAGUUAACUCUCAAACCUGAAUCAGAAAACCUGUUGCAAAUGGUAAUUUUUAUGCACUUUCAAGCACAAAGAAUUUUUAUAUAUUUUAACACUACCAUUUAUACAGAAUAUACAAAAAGUAUAUACCUUAAAAAUAUUUAAAAAUAAAAAUUGUAAUAUUGUAAUGGAUGUUUUUUUUAAUGUAAUGUUCGAUAAAUAAACAGUUUAUGAUUGUUAAAGUAAGUGAAAGUUCCAAUCACAUAAUUGGAUACAGUUGGUGCAGUAUUCCCCCCUUGCUUCUUAUCAUUCCAACAGUUAAUAAUAAAUUGUGUCAAUUAAAGGCAUUGGUAGGAGUGGAGUGGAGUGGUGUGGUGUGGGCUUGUCCUCUAAAAUCACGUGUUCAUCCAGUUCGACUGUAAUUUAUUUCAUUGUUUUAGACCUAAGGCAAAUAUGGCAGCCACACUUAAAUGCGGUUCACGAUUUACUAGACAUUAAGUAAGUCUCUAAAUGUUUUAUUUACAGUGGUACCUUCGAGUACCGAGGUUUUACUUCGAGGGUUAGGUGACUGAUGUUUGCUCUGUUUUGCUGACAGAAACUUAUGUGAUGUGUUUUACAAUAAAAGUUGUUUCGCAAAGCGUUUUUCCAGUUACCACAUUUCAUGGAUCUGUAGAAACAUGUGUUGUCCGCACACAAGAUUAUUUACACUCUCUUAUUUUGAAAAACAGUAAUUUUUGUGGUACAAGUGUAUUCAGCAUGAUUUUUACUACUUAAGAAAAAUUUGUUUGCAUUUACUUGUGACUUAACCUUGUACCGGUAUUGAAUCAUUGUGAUAAACGGGAACAUUUAGCGACUUCCUGUGAAUUUUUAGCUGAUAGCUUGUAAGUGGCGUUUAAGUGUGGUCCAUACUGUGUUAAAAUAGCUAUACAUUAGUUUAAGCACCACUUUCAAGAAUUUACAUAAGUUAAAUCAAACACUGUAGUAGUCUUGUAUUGAAUGUCGUCGGGUGAUAAGGAAGAUCUCAGUGCCUGAGUAUUCUAAUUGGCCGAUGGUACAAUUCAUAGAUAGGCUUUAACUAAUCUCUAGUUAUUUUUUCAACUGUUUUUUACCAUGUUAGAGCUAGGUAACUCUCCGGUCUGUGUAUAUAUGAGAGUGACUGGGCGAUACAUAGGUGAGACAGUCUAUGGACUCACUCAUGGUUUAUUUAUUUAUGUAGUUAUGUUUAGCUUAAGUCUUAGAUUACUGGGUGGUAUAUGAAGGGUGUAUCGUGAUAUAUUUUAGCAUCCGACCGAUAAACUAAUAAUUUUUUAACUUUAGAUUAUUGUAUUUUUAUAUUGUUAUAUUUUAUUAUGACAAAAAUUUCAGAGUAAAUUAUUUAUAUUUAAUUCAUGACUGUAAUUGUUUGCGUAUUUUGUGUUUUUUUUUUUUGGAUGAAAGACAGUAAUUUUUAGUUUUUGUCCAUUAACAUUUCAGAGAGAUUUAGAAAUUAAAGUUUAUUUUUAAUUUAUUGAGCCAAAUUUCAGUAUUGAAUUAUUGUACAUUGAAGAUUUCUUUUCUUUUGGUAAAAGUUUUUUACUAUAAGAACUUAUACGAUUGAUAAUAUUUUCUGUGUUGUGAAUUAAAGGUAAAGCAAUAUAUCAGGCUAUUUUGUGAAUAAAUAUUGAUAUACUUAUAAUAUUUUAUGUGGUACGUUGUAAAAAUUAACACUGUCUUUUGUCCAUAUAUUUCUGUCAAGUAUUUGGAAAUCCUUUAUUUAAGUAGCAGAUUAUAGAUUAUCUUUUUGUAUUUUUUAUAAGUAUUGGUUUUUAUUUCUCUACUGUUGUAUUGGCUUAAAUCCUAAAGUUAUGUAGGCUUUUGAACACCUCUACAGCAUGCAACGGUUAUCUGUUAGGUUAUAAAGAUGGGUUGUACUUAGAUUUACGCAUUUGUUUUGGGUUAUUGUGAUCAACCUGUUUAAUUUACUCAGAUGUUUAGUAAUCUACAACCAAUCAUUGUUGAUAAAAUUUGUUUUUAUCAUUUAUGUGCAUGACAUGUCAAUAAACGUAUUAAUCUUUCUGA